AUGUUGUUGAGCCUGAUAUACGCCUUUGCUCUAUUUUCUGCUGUCUUUUCCUCGCCGACGUCGUUGUUGUUCAGCCCGACUUCCGCUAAGCGAAGCGAUCUCUCGUAUGAGCCGCCUGCUGCUCGCGGGCUGACGAACGCGGUGCGCCUGGCCCGAGGGUAUCCUCUGAAGGCCCCAGUGAGGCGUUCUGAUACCGCCAGGAGAGGCGUCCCAUCCAGUGUUCCAUCAGGAUCGUACAAUCCAAGUCGGCCGGCUCGAGGAUAUCUGCAGUUCACUACUAGUGGCGGUCAGAGUGCUGGAUUCAUUGGUACUCAGACGAAUCAAAAUGGCGACUUCCUGUUGGCUACCGGCAAUAGCGACAAGCUUUUGGUUGAAAUCGAUUUAAUGAAGGCCAAGUCUGGUCCCACUACCAUAACCACUGUCAAUGGCGGUACAAGUGUAUCUUAUGUCGCCGGUAUCGUAGGAUCGACAAGUGCAUCCAACAACCUUUCUCAGGGCAGCUUCAGCUAUUUCUACUUUGGAGGAAGCAGCGAUCAAUCGGGCGCUUACCUUGAAACCUCCAUUUUUGCUUACAGCGCUACGGAUAAUAGCAUCACAGUUCAGUGGGCUAAUUCAGACGGGUCCACCGCGGAAACAUUCAUUGGUCUCACAUCGCAAGGUGCAUUUGGAACUGGUGAUCGUAAUGCAUGUGAGCAAGAGUUUGGAACGGUUACUUGGGUGACGCUUUCCUUUGUUCCUCAAUAA